AUGAGCCUGACUUCGCGAGUGUUCGGCCUGUUCUCCACAACAGCGACCUCAGACCCAACUGCGACGACACAAAACCCGCCAAAUCUGAUACAACAUGAGAUAGGCACUGUCGGUGCUACCCGACAUGUCCGGGGCGAAGAUAUGUUGGAAGAGGAAGAGCCGCGUCCGCCGUAUCAUCAUGCAAUGCUAGCGGGCGGAAUGGGAGGAAUAUGUGGUGAUAUGUUGAUGCACUCAUUGGAUACAGUCAAAACUCGGCAACAGGGCGACCCGACUUUCCCACCCAAAUACACCUCGAUGACCUCGUCGUAUGCGACUAUCUACAGACAAGAAGGAUUCUUCCGUGGUUUAUAUAGUGGAGUGACACCAGCGGCGCUAGGCUCUUUCCCCGGCACGGUGGUCUUCUUCGGUGUUUACGAGUUCACCAAGCGGGCGAUGAUCGAUGCGGGCAUCAACAAGAACAUCGCAUAUCUGUCAGGCGGUUUCUUUGCGGAUCUGGCGGCCUCAAUCGUUUAUGUACCUUCCGAGGUACUGAAGACCCGGCUGCAAUUGCAAGGCCGAUACAAUAACCCAUAUUUCAACUCGGGCUACAACUACCGCGGCAUGACCGAUGCCUUCCGAAUCAUCAUCCGCCAAGAGGGCUUCUCAGCGCUGUACCACGGCUACAAAGCCACUAUAUAUCGUGAUCUGCCGUUCUCUGCGCUGCAAUUUGCUUUCUACGAGCAAGAGCAGAAUAUGGCGAAGCAAUGGGUUGGGCAUCGGGACAUCGGGCUGAGCCUGGAGAUCCUGACGGCGGCCACUGCGGGCGGCAUGGCGGGCGUGAUAACCUGCCCAUUGGACGUGGUCAAAACGCGCAUCCAAACUCAGCAGAACCCCACCGGGUCGUCUGGCGCAAAGCACGCGGGCGAUCACGUCCCGAAGGAAAGCCCGCGACCCCAUGCGCCGGGGGCGUCCCAGUCCCAUGCGUCAUCGUCGCGGGCGCACUCGCGACCGAUUUCCACUUCAUCGCCCUCCACGUCGGUUUCUCCCCCCGGGGCUCCACGCUUAGACACAUCGUCCGUGUUUACCGGACUGAGGAUGAUCUACCGCACCGAGGGGCUUGCAGGGUGGUUCCGCGGUGUUGGCCCGCGCGGCGUGUGGACCAGCAUCCAGAGCGGAACCAUGCUGGUAUUGUACCAGUACCUCCUCAAGCAACUUGAUGCUUACCAGAGCCGUCUGGACGAGACGCAACCGUUGUGA